AUGUCCUCCCCAGCGAUAAGCUCUUGCACCUCAGCCACAAGAAUCGUGUCGCCUGCCACCUUAUCGCCACCCAACAACCCAACGAGAACAAUCUCCACCAACAAGGACGACGAUAUAAUGCCUCCCUCCUCCCCAACUCCUCAGAAGAAGCAGCUCUCCCACGGCUCCAGCGCCAGCAGCUCCGCCACAAUGUACACAGCCUCCGGCGCCCUCGGCAACAACAACAACAACAACAACAACAACAACAACGACAACGACCUCCAACCCCAACGCUCCCCACACCUCGCCCCCAAAUCCCUCUCUUCCCCAACCACGGCCUCAACACCCACACCAACCAUACCAUCCCGCGCCCCCACACCCGCAUGCGAGCGCUCCCACUCCCAACCCCAACCCGACCUCCUCAUCAGAACUUCUACCCGAUCUCCCAAGCCCGAACAUGGCAAGCGGCCCAGCUUCAAGCGCAGCCUGUCGAGCCUGUGGAAGGUUCUCGAUCCACCGGAACUGUCGCAUAACACGGGCGCGCUGCAUAACAUUGCGAAGCAAUUCGGAGACGACUCGGCGCACAGGCGGAGGAGUGCUAGUCCCGGGGAUGUGGAGAGGGAGCAUACACUGCUGGCGACGAUUAGUGAUAAGGUGUAUAAGCAGAGGAUCUAA